AUGGCAACAGAUUAUUUCACCUCUGGAGACGCUUCCCAAUUAUCACUUGAGAAGCUUAGAUCAUUAACAAAUAUUGAAGAAAUCCAAGAAUGCCUAAGAAUCUUGGACUUGGAAGAAAAUCAAGUUGACGUUGACCUUGAUAUACUGCUCGAAAGGAGGGGACAGUUGGAGGCAGAGUUGGAUAAAUUGGAAGCUUUGAGGCCACAACUCGGAGCAUUAUCUUUGCAAGCCACUAAUCUCUUGAGCAUAAUAAAUGGUACUUCAAACGUAGCUGAAAGAAUAAGUGCCCAAGUCCGACAGCUGGAUUUAGAACAGUCUCGAGUCCAAGAAACCAUUGAGGAGGUCGAAAAUGUACAAGAAUUAAAAUUAUGUAUAAACGGAAUGCAUUCAGCUAUGCAAAUGAGGGAUUACGAAGCAGCAGCGAAUUAUGUUCAUCGUGCAUCUGAGUUAGAUCCACGAAUUCUUAAUGGUGAAUUUGCGGAAAAUGCAGUUCCGUCGUCCGAGUAUCCCGAUGUGCCCACAAAAACGCUUUCAGACGCGAAAGCUAGCCUUUUUUCCGUGUUUUCGAAAGAAUUCGAUGCUGCAGUGCAAAAUCGCGAUGAAAAUAAUAUUAGUCGUUUUUUCCGCUUGUUUCCGCUUAUUGCUAUAAAGCCUAAUUUCUAUGCUGAUGCUCUUACAAAACUUUUUGAAAAUAUUGCUGUAAUAAUUGAUCAACAUCAUCCUGUCGUCGAAACACAUUAUGGUGCGGGAAAGAUGAUUAGAGUGCUUGAAAGAUUGCAAGAAGAAUGCGAUAAACAAAGUCGAAUUAUUCUUAAUACUUUCGGAGAUGAAAAACAAUUAAUGCGUAAGGUUGCUGAUAUUCGUUCAUACAACAAUACCCCUAGACGUAUGAUCAUCACUCCUCAUAGAACGGGAGGGCAAUCUAGAGAUUCAUUAUCUGUUCAACCAAGGGAUAUCGAAAAUAUGCCAGACACCAGAGAAAUUGAUGCUGUAUUAACCGAAUUGGCUAUGAUUAGUCAACGAGCACAUCUGUAUUUUCGUUUUAUGGAAUCAAGAAUAAAGUCAGAAGCAGAAGCCAUGAAAAUUAACGGGGUCGACGUUUCGCUUGAGAAAUCUACUGACGACUACAACCCUAAUAGUUUUCUGAGUAACAGUGGUCUAAUGAAGCAAAUCAAACAUCUAAUCAAUGACUAUUUCCUUGUUGAAGAAUAUUUUCUGAGGAGAGCACUUGAACAGGCAGUGGAAAUUGAUAAAAUAGAAGAGGGUAACUCUACUUCGAGUUGCGUUGAUGACGUAUUUUAUAUACUGAAACGGAGUGCAUUCAGAGCAGUUUCUACCUCUAAUGUUGACUGCAUCGUCACCAUGGUCAAUAUAAUAAAUCAAUGCUUGGAAACGGAAUUCAUUAAAGUUCAUCAGAAAAGGCUUAUUUUGCUAAAUAACUUGGAUGUAAGCUGUGAUUAUAUUCAACGUCUCGCAUCUGAGUUACAAGACGAUGCUACUCGUACUUUGGCUCCAUUACCGGAAGAUCAUGAAGAUUGCCGUAAAGCACAAAAAUCUUUGUCUUCGCUAAGUGACUCAGCUAUUAACAAAUUCAAACAGAUCUUACAGAGUGGAUUAGAGCAGCUUUUUAAACAGUUGGUGAAACCACGAAUACGACCUAUUUUGCAAGAAGCCUACAAAGAUAUAAAGUAUGUGCUUAACGAGGAUGAAUAUCAUGAUCAGGAGUCGAAUGAUAAUUUUGCUAAACGAUUUGUCAAUGGAUUUGAUUCUUUGUUACACAUAUAUAAGAUGACUUUGACCGAGAACAACUACAAUCAAAUAAUGAUUCAUCUUUUAGACUGGUUAUUAUUUAUGUGGGAAAAAACGAUUCUCGCUACAAAGUUUAAUCAGCUAGGUGCAUUGAGAUUCGACAAAGAUCUCCGCGCUGUUAGCAAUUAUUUUUCGUCUCGAAUGCAAUGGUCAUUUCGAGAUAAGUUCACGAGAUUGAAUCAGAUCUCGACCUUACUUAAUCUAGAGAGUCUCUCGGAAAUAUAUGAUUAUUGGGGUUCCAGUACAAAAUCCAGUAACCCGAUUACAUGGCGCCUUACUAUCACAGAGGCUCGUAAAGUUUUGGGCUUAAGGAUUGAAUUUAAGACUGAAGAUGUAGCGAAUAUCAAGUUGUGA